AUGUCCAUUAACUCAAUCAAACCAUUUACGGAGAAGAAGGGUCCAUUCACAGACGAUGUUUACGAGCCUAAUACGGAAGAAACAUUCAAUGCCAUCAGAAGUUCAAAAAUCCUAGUAAUUGGGGCAGGAGGAUUAGGAUGUGAAAUCCUCAAAAAUCUGAGUCUUUCAGGAUUCCAGGAUAUUCAUGUUAUUGAUAUGGAUACAAUUGAUUUAACCAAUUUAAAUCGUCAAUUUCUAUUCCGAAAUAAAGAUAUUGGAAAAAGCAAGGCCAAGGUAGCAUCCCAGUUUGUCAUGAACCGUAUACCUAACGUUCAAAUAACUCCUCAUUUUUGUAGGAUCCAAGAUAAAGACGAUCUGUUCUACAGGCAAUUCCAACUGGUAAUCUGUGGUUUGGACAGCACAGAGGCAAGGAGGUGGAUAAAUCAUAAAUUAGUCACCUUGCUAGAUCCAAAUGACUUUUCAUCGUUAAUUCCAAUGAUAGAUGGGGGAACGGAGGGGUUUCGGGGUCAAUCAAGGUUGAUUUUACCUACGUUAUCAUCAUGUUUUGAAUGCUCACUAGACAUGAUCCCAACAAAUGUAACAUAUCCAGUGUGUACGAUAGCGAACACUCCGAGACUUCCCGAACACUGUAUCGAAUGGGCACAUCAGUUGGAAUGGCCCAAGAAAUUUGGUGACAAACCUUUUGACGCAGACGAUCCGUCACAAGUUGACUGGAUGUACAAAACAAGUCUAGAAAGAGCAAAGCAUUUUGAUAUUGAAGGGGUCACUCUGUCCUUGACUUUGGGAGUGGUAAAGAAUAUCAUUCCUGCUAUUUCAUCUACAAACGCCAUCAUUGCUGCUUCCUGUUGCAAUGAAGCCCUGAAACUAAUUUCUAAUGUUAAUCCAAUUUUGGACAACUACAUGAUGUACUCAGGAGACGAGAGCGUAUUUACAUACACCUUCAAACAUGAAAGGAAGCCUUCCUGUCCUGUGUGUGGAGGUUCAUAA